CCUCGUUUUUUUCUUCCUUCGUUCAUUAAUUUUUUGUUUGUGAAUGGCUGUUAUGAACAGCGGGUGAACGGCAUUUCGGUUCAGCUUUUCUAAAUUAUAAUUGCCGUAAUUCAAUUGUUUUUUUUGUGAUUGCGCCUGCAUAAAAUGAAAGCUUAUGUUAAAAUUGUCAUUAGGAAUUAGCUUUAAAGUUCAAUGUGGAAUUAUCGGCCAGUUAUAAAAUGUUUCAUGUGAACGGUGGACUACCAUAUCUCUCUCUAUUGUGGAACUCAUCGAUAUAAUUGCUCUCUUGUGAAAUGUGAUGUAUUGACACUAAAAUUAGGAUUUACUACUAGCCUUGUGAGGUGCAGUCAUGGCUAGCGACGAGUCCAGUGUGCGGGUCGCUGUUAGAAUCAGACCCCAAACGCCGGCCGAAGUCCUAGAAGGAUGCGGCAUAUGCGCACGCGCAGGUGGCGCGGUCGGCGAGGGCGGAGUCGCUCUGGGCACCGAACGAGCUUUCUCCUUCGAUUAUGCCUUCGACCCCGGGGUCUGCCAGGAGGAAGUGUAUGAGACCUGCGUAAGAAAACUGGUGGAGGCUGCCCUCGAUGGAUACAAUGCUACAGUACUCGCUUAUGGACAGACUGGCAGCGGCAAGACCUAUACGAUGGGGAGCGGGUGGGAAGGAGAGGGGGAGGGGCAAGAGGAGAAGAGAGGGAUAAUCCCGAGGGCUAUCAGGGAUCUGUUUGAAGGCGCCGAGCAGAGGGCAGAAGCAGCCAGGUCGCAAGGGCAGCUCCCGCCGGAGUUCUCGGUCCAAGCGCAGUUUAUAGAGCUGUACAAUGAGGAUAUUGUGGAUUUGCUCGACCCCGCGAAGGACCCUUUUUCUAAGGGUGCUCUAAGGAUAACAGAAGACGGUUGCGGAGGCGUCCGCAUAGUGGGAGCGUCGACGAGGACCGUGCGGGGCGUGAGGGAAGCCCUAGGAGCCCUGCGCGCCGGAGCCCUAGCCAGGACUACGGCGGCCACUAAUAUGAAUUCAUCGUCGUCCAGAUCGCACGCAGUGUUCACUCUGAUGAUGAGGAUGAGGCGAUUAGCUCCAGAUCAAGACAUGUCGGAACGUGACCCCGAGGGCGAAGCGCCCGAUCAGUACGAGACACUCACAGCGAAGUUCCAUUUCGUGGACCUGGCCGGCUCAGAGAGACUCAAACGGACAGGAGCAACCGGCGAACGGGCCCGCGAGGGCAUCUCCAUCAACUGCGGCCUGCUGGCGCUCGGGAACGUGAUCUCGGCGCUCGGCGACAAGUCGCGCCGGGUGCUGCACGUGCCGUACCGCGACUCCAAGCUCACCAGGCUGCUGCAGGACUCGCUGGGAGGAAACAGCAACACAGUGAUGAUAGCGUGCGUCUCACCGAGCGACCGAGACUUUAUGGAGACUUUAAACACGUUGAAAUACGCGAACAGAGCGAGAAACAUCAAGAACCGUUGUAUUGUUAACCAAGAUCUAACAUCGCAGACUAUCAGAAUGCUGAGGCAGGAAGUGGCUAAACUGCAGCUUGAGUUAGCUGAGUACAAACAGGGUAAACGUGUGAUUUCUGAGAACGGCGAAGAAGGUUGGAGUGAUGUAGUUCAAGAGAAUGCCAUUCUGACGGGUGAGGUCGAAUCCUUGCGGAGGCGGGUUAAGGCUAUGCAGGGUACAAUAGAACAGCUGUCUGCCAGGAACAGCGAACUCCUGGCUGAGAAGGCGCUCAACAAUUGGGCACCCAAGGACGGCAGCCCAGACGCUGCUGAUUGUUCCCUUACUUCGCUUGUACAGGGCUACGUGGGCGAGAUAGAAGAACUCCGCGCACAACUGAUGGAAGCGACGGCUCUGUACGAGGGCAGUAGAAGACGCGAAGCUCUGGCCGCUAGAGCGCGCCACGACUCUCUCGCCGCAGACCCCGCUGCGGUCAUCGACGACGCCAAACGCGAACUCUACAAGGAAAAAGAGCUCCUAGCGCGCAGCAUGGGCGAGCUGGAGUUCCAGCACAAGCUGAGCCUGGGCGACGCGGCGGGCCUGGCGCGCCCCACGGAGGAGCGCGAGCGCGCCGAGGGCGAGAGCGCCGGCGACUCCGACGACGACGGCGAGCAAGACCAAGACCACGACGACCAUGACGCAGACGACGACGAGGCCAAGGGUCAACGCGCCUUAUCAGCUCAACUGGCGGCCCUAAGCGAAGAGAUCGACACCAAAGCCCGGCUCAUAGAGCAAUUAGAAGCGUCGCAACGACGGUUGGCAGCACUGCGGCAGCAUUACGAGCAACGGUUGGACACCCUGCAUCAUCAGAUCAAGGCUACCAACGACGAGAAGGACAAAGUUUUGGCUUCACUCACCACCCAAUCGUCCCAACCGACGGAAAAACUGAAACGUGUGAAAGAUGAGUACGAGCGGCGAGUAUCGAGCAUGUCGCGGGAGCUGAAGCGGCUGCAGGCGGCGCAGCGGGAGCACACGCGGCUGCAGCGGUCGCAGCAACAGACCAUGCAGCAGUUGCAGACGUUGCGAUCCGAGUUGCAGAAUAUGAAGAGGGAUAAGGUGAAAUUAGUGCAAAAAAUGCGGACAGAAGCGAAACGUCACGCGCAAGCAGAAGCCGCGAGAGCUAAGGAGGUGGCACAACUUCGGAAGGAAUCUAGGAAAAAUGCAAAUAUUAUCAGGUCACUGGAAGCUGAAACAAGACUUAAAGAACAGGUAUUACGACGUAAACAAGAAGAAGUAUCGUUACUACGAAGAGGGCAUCGGGACAAGUUGAGCAGCAGGGCGGCCGGAAGAUUACACGGUCGCCGCGGGCGCAACUUCCGCGAGGCGUGGAACAAGUUGCAGUGCUGGGUGUCGCGCACGUGCGCGGCGCGCUGCACGCUGGGCGAGCUGGAGGCGGCGCUGGAGCGCCAGCUGCGGCAGCGAGACCGCGCUGCCAAGGACGCAGGUUCAGAUCCUGAUGCCCGCGUGCUGCUGGACUACCUCAGGGGCGCCAUCGCUGACACGCAGGCGCAGAUCAUGCAGAUUGAGGAGGAGAAUGAAGAAAACGAGCUGCCAGUCCUGCUGGAACACGUGGACACGACGGAGGCCGCCCGCUACGCGCUGGAGAGGAUGGCGGCGCUGACGCUGCAGCACGCGCAGGACGCCGCCAGGCACCUGAAGCUGCUGCACGACACCAGGGCGCAGCUGCAAGAGAUGGAAGAGAACACGGAGAGGGCGGCGAGCGCGCUGCGCGCGGCCGGGGACCACAACCUGAACCCGUGGGGCGUGCCCGCGCCCGCGCUGGCCGCGCUGCUGGCCGCCGUGUCCUCGGGCAGCUCCACGCGCUGCGUCUCCCCCAGCGACAGCUCUCUACUUGAAAGACUACCGCCGAAUGGCGUGAGAGAAGUCAACACGGCGCCUACGUCGCCGCCAGAUGAUAACGUCAAUUCUCCAUUCCAAAGGAACACAGUCCGGCGCGGUUCAGUGCGACUUCGCGACUUGGGCGUGUUGCCAUCAGACGAGGACCCCAUGACGCAAUCUUUGAUGGAACCGUCUUCGCCCAAGCCGGCGCCUCUUAGCAGGGUUCCCAGUGCACCGGGCAGUCUCAGGGGCCUCCAACCACUAGGGCUGACGUCCCCGUUGCCCCGGCGGGCCGUCCCGGACAGUCCCCGGCCCGUGCGCCGCCAGUUCAGCGGCGGGAAACCCGCGCCCGCCUCAUUAGAGGCGAGUAUGACCGGCGUGGUGGCGGGGACUCCGCCCGCGUCCCCGGGGGCGGCGCGCCGGGCCCGCGACGACGACGUGUUCCUCCGGCUGGCCGGCGCUGGCCACGAUAACUCACCCCAGGGCACUGUCAAGGAAAUGGCGGCUAAGCGCGCAGGCUGCGGCAGCGGCGUAUGGCUGCAGUGCACCCAUGUAGCAGAGGGGCAUGCAGGGGCGGCGCUGUCAUUGGCUGCCACCAAUAACUUGCUCUAUAGCGGCGGAGUCGACCGUACAAUCCGCGGCUGGGACCUAUCAGCCGGUCGCGAGGUUAGGCGCGGCUGGUGCGGCGGGGCGGUGAGCGCGCUGUGUGUCGGAGAGGACGGGCUGCUGCUGGCGGCGGCCGGGGCGGCGGUCAGACUGUUCGACACCAGGACCAGAGCGCCUCUCACUACUCUAUGGUCGUCCGGCGCGACGGGCGCGUGCCCGGCGGCGCGCGGCGCGGGCGGCGAGGUGGCGGUGUCGGCGCUGGCGCACGCCGCGCCGCACCGCCUCUACACCGCCGCCGGGGACAAGCUGCGGCUGUGGGACCUCCGCAUGUUAGAAUGUGUCUGCAAAGUAUGGUCUGGUCACGCCGCUGCGGUGAUGUGUCUGGCAUUGGGCCGAACUGGAGACUCAGACAUGGUAGUCACUGGGUCCAAGGACCACUACGUGAGGACCCUGGACUUGCAGACCUUAGAUACAGGAGGAUGUGAACCUAGUGGAAGACGUCUACUGGAGCCCCCUCACUAUGACGGUGUCCAAGCCCUAGCAUUGUGUGGUGACGUGCUGUACAGCGCCUCUCGUGACACCAGCAUCAAGCGAUGGAGUUUGUCUGACAACACGCUCACUCAUACGGCGAUGAACGCACACAAAGGCUGGGUGACAGGCGUGUGUCCAAUCGGCGUCAGCACAGAUCCUACCGCACCCGCCAUCGCCUCCUGCGGCCGAGACGGAGCCCUGCGAGUGUGGAACUCUGGGUUAAGGGCGUUGGCCACGGCGCCUAUGACCGAUGCCGCUCACGCACUGAGGCCCCACCCCGAUCCGAGGAGGAUGACCUUGUACACAGCUGGGAACGGCGGUGACGUGCGCGCGUGGCGGCUCGUACGCGACCAGUGAGCGAACACAGCGAUGGCCGUGUCCGAUGUUAUGUGCUGCGAACCACCAGGUGACAAUCAGCGGCGGGCGCGAGCGUGACGUCACCGCCGUCACGGAUACCUCGCAUUAGUCACGUGACUACGCGAGACACGCAGGUUUCAUCGCCACGAGAUAAAACUGUUUUAUCGACACGAAACAAUACUGUUUUAUCGCCAAGAGAUAAAUUUGUUUUUUCACCACGUGACAGCAUGCAGCGUGCCCGCCGAGCCUGGAGGUGACAUCGUGAUUGGUCGAAAAGUAAACGUUCUAAUUGGACUAAUCUAAAUGCAUUUGGAAGGCGUUUUUCGAUGCGUAGAUGUUAAACUAUAGGUUGGAUAAUAGAUACUGAGCAAUUUAAAAUGAGCAAUUUUCGGUAGUAUCUGGUUUUAAAAGUCUUUAACUUAUUGACUAUUUAAAAAUUAUUUCCAAUCGAAAUCCUGGUGGGUUAUUCAAGAACUUUGACAAGUCAUAUUACCUUUUCUCUCUAAGUUUUAGAGAGUAGACAUGUCUGGUUAACGUUCAUGAAUAUACUGUUCAGAAUGUUAUCCGUUUAAGAAUAUUAUAACGGACAAACUAAUUUUAUAAUAUAUUAGCACAGUCACAUCUAGCUAGUUUUCUUAACUAACUCUCUAUGUCUUAACCUAGAAAGACAUUUUUAAUCUGUAUAAGUCGCCCUCAUAAUAAAGACAUCGUGAUAAGCUCAAGUAGUAGUUUGCCUACCGUCCCAUUUAUAAUAAUGAUCCAGUGUACGUAAAUAGUGAUGUUAGGACCAAAAAGACAACAUUUUUAUUAUGAGCUAUCUAUGACAUUAGUUUGUUAGCAUUAUUAGAAACAAUACAAUGAAAUAUUUUUUUCUAUUCUUAACACCAUUGAAUGCAUUGUAAUACUUAAAAGUUUUAAUUUAUUAUAAACUCUUAAGAGUUUUUUUUUCAAUAUUUACUCAAAUCAAUAUGUAUUCGAUUUUGAAACAAAAAUUUGCUGCUUUCUCGACAACUUUCUUCUCCAUAAUAUUAUAUAAUUUUAAGUAUUACAUUGUGUUUACAUAACUUAGCUGGAAUAAUACUGAUCGUAACAAAAGACUAAAACAAUUCAACAAUAUCAAUUUUAAUCAGUAGACUGGACCAUUUAUGGCCUAAAUUGUAUUAACUAUUACUAGUAUUAACCAUAGCGCAUAGGAUAAGUAACCUUAGCUCUAAAGAUAUUAUCCUGAUGUAAUCACGUUCACAAGUAUACUGCUAGAUCACAACAAUGGCCUUCAUACAGAUAAUAAGUUGUAUAACCAAAAGUUGAAUGAAUAUAUAUAAUGCAUGUAGUAGAUAAGUCUUUUAAAAGACAAAUCAUAUAAUAAUUAAUUUUUGAUUUGUGGCCUAGUUAUUUUCAUUUGAUGUAGUGAAAGUAUAACGAUCUUUCCCUGAAUUAAGGCUGAGUCUUUUUUUGUUAGUUUAGGUAACAUGUUUUUUUUACAAUUUUAUAUGUAAGUAUGAUCAGUUGUCUAGAAUAUUUUUUGUUCAUAGUAAUCGAUUGAAUUAUAUAGUUCAAGUAUAUACAAAUAUUUUAAGCCAGUCAUUAUGACCGUGCAUAUAAUUUAGAAUUUAAAGUUUUUAAGCCAAUGCCUUUUGCCAAAUUAUUCGCACAAGUAUUAUACAAUUUGCAUACAGUUAUUUAUGUAUUCGAGAAGAAACUGUAUUCUUACAAUGAAAUCAAUUUUAUUGCGUGUAUAUUUAGAAAUCAUUUUAAUCCAAGAUUUUUAUUAAAAUAUUUAAUAUUUCAUAGAUCAUUUGAUCAAAUGUGAUUAGGAUUUCACAUACCUAUUUUAAUACAUUCCUUUACUACGGGUAUGAAGUAUUUUACAAGAAUAUAGAACGUCGAGUAUUAUAAUUUUUAUUUCGUAGCAUUAUGAAAUGAAUAACCAUGAUUGAAAUUUAAAGAUUUUAUUAUUUAGUAUAUUUUUAGUUUAUGAUAAUUUUAUCGCAUAAGCAUCGCAAAUCAUCACAAAUCAUGAAUUAAACAUACGAUUGGUAAAUGAUCUCCCGUAGAAUCCCUAACUAAAUUAGUGAAUGCUAUAUGUUUGAGGCUAUGAGUUUAACGCUAGCUUUAUUGAAAGAUAUAUACGUGUUAUUUCUAAUAUAUGUAUAUCAUGUUAGGCCUGGCCAUUGAAAUAAAAACUAUGAUUUUUAUUUUUCUGAUCACGUUUAGGGAACGUAGACUAGUCAUUUGUUGCUGCUAAUGUGUUGAGUGAUUUUGUGAUUCUUUUUUUAUACCUAUAAGCGAAACAAUACAUAUUGUAACAAUUCAGUGGCGAUACAGCCAAGUAUAUUUUAUGAGUUAAGAAUUAAAUUGCGCCUUUUAAUUGUAAUUUUUAGAUGAGUUAUAUAUAAUAACAUGACGCUCCAACUAACAGUUGACUUUAAAAAUAACACUGCAUGGAUGUCAAAUAUGGAUAAGGCUCAAUAAAGUGGCAACACUAUCUAUUCUAUACUAAAUAUUAUGUAUUAGAUACUUUAAAAAGUAAUACCUAAUUAAUAAAAGGGACGUGUCAUGUUAUCGUAAACAUAAUGCUCAUUAUUAAAAUUUAUGCUCUCUUUUUGAAUUUAUUUGUAUUUAAAUUAAAUUGUGCAAGCUUGCAGCUCCAAAAUCUUGAAUCAUAAGUUUUAGCUCAUUAAUUUUAGUUUGAAUUAUUUUAAAACAAUAUUCAUCAAUUUUUUUAUUCAAAAAUCAAAAUUCUUAGUUAGAAAUAUAUUUAUAAUGCAGAAUAUUUUAUGA